AUGAGCUCCAGAGGUCACAGCACACUACCACGAACUCUCAUGGCCCCUCGGAUGAUUUCCGAGGGAGACAUAGGAGGCAUUGCUCAAAUCACCUCCUCUCUCUUCCUGGGCAGAGGCAGCGUGGCCUCCAACCGGCACCUCCUCCAGUCUCGUGGGAUCACAUGCAUCGUUAAUGCUACUAUUGAGAUCCCUAAUUUCAACUGGCCCCAGUUUGAAUAUGUUAAAGUGCCUCUGGCUGACAUGCCUCAUGCCCCCAUUGGAUUGUACUUUGACACAGUGGCUGACAAGAUCCACAGUGUGAGCAGGAAGCACCGGGCCACCUUGGUGCACUGUGCUGCAGGGGUGAGCCGCUCGGCUACUCUCUGCAUCGCUUACCUGAUGAAGUACCACAGUGUGUGCCUGCUGGAGGCCUACAACUGGGUGAAAGCCCGGAGGCCUGUCAUCAGGCCCAAUGUAGGCUUCUGGAGGCAGCUGAUAGACUAUGAGCGCCAGCUUUUUGGGAAGUCAACAGUUAAAAUGGUACAGACACCUUAUGGCAUAGUUCCCGAUGUUUAUGAGAAAGAGUCCCGACACCUGAUGCCUUACUGGGGAAUUUAA